GGCAGGCCCUCUCUUCCGGGUUCCAUCAGAUAGUCCUGCCUUUAGGCUGUCUCUUGUGCCUCCAAUCCCUCAAUCGACCCUCAUUCUCCUUCCGGAACUUCCCUUGGAGUACUCUACUAUUGCUCGGGAUGUUCCACAGGUCCGCGAACUGGGCGAGGAAAACCGUGGCGAGGUUUUCUGCCCAGGACGAGUCACUUCCGGUCACAGGCUUCCUCCUCCGGAAGUAAGACCUGAUGUAAACAGCCGAGCCGGGCACCAAAGCCCGGAGGUCAGAAAUUCGUGCCGCCAGCGGCACCAAAGGCUAGGGUAGGGGUCGGGGAGGGGUGAAGAUCAAGUCUGCAAAGGCGACGUGCACCUGGAUCACGAUCCAAGGGUUGGUCAGGGUCAUGCGGGAGGCAGCCUUGAACCAUGACCCAGCAGCCACUUCGAGGUGUGACCAGCCUACGUUUCAACCAAGACCAAAGUUGCUUUUGCUGUGCCAUGGAGACGGGUGUUCGUAUCUAUAAUGUGGAGCCACUGAUGGAGAAGGGGCAUCUGGACCACGAGCAGGUAGGCAGCGUGGGCCUGGUAGAGAUGCUGCACCGAUCCAACCUGCUGGCCCUGGUGGGUGGUGGGAGCAGCCCCAAGUUCUCAGAGAUCUCAGCAGUGCUGAUCUGGGACGAUGCUCGAGAAGGCAAGGACUCCAAGGACAAACUGGUGCUGGAAUUCACCUUCACCAAGCCAGUGCUGGCUGUGCGCAUGCGCCAUGACAAGAUUGUGAUUGUGCUGAGGAACCGCAUCUAUGUGUACUCCUUCCCUGACAAUCCUCGAAAGCUGUUUGAGUUUGACACUCGGGACAACCCCAAGGGGCUGUGUGACCUCUGCCCAAGCCUGGAGAAGCAACUGCUUGUGUUUCCUGGGCACAAGUGUGGAAGUCUUCAACUUGUGGAUCUGGCAAGCACAAAACCUGGUACUUCGUCAGCUCCAUUCACCAUCAAUGCACAUCAGAGUGAUGUGGCCUGUGUGUCCCUGAACCAGCCAGGCACUGUAGUGGCCUCAGCCUCCCAGAAAGGUACCCUUAUUCGUCUGUUUGACACCCAGUCCAAGGAAAAACUGGUGGAGCUUCGAAGAGGCACUGACCCUGCUACCCUGUACUGCAUUAACUUUAGCCACGACUCCUCCUUCCUCUGCGCCUCCAGCGAUAAGGGCACUGUCCAUAUCUUUGCUCUUAAAGACACCCGUCUUAACCGCCGCUCUGCGCUGGCUCGUGUGGGCAAAGUGGGACCUAUGAUUGGGCAGUACGUGGACUCUCAGUGGAGCCUGGCCAGCUUCACCGUGCCUGCUGAGUCAGCAUGCAUCUGCGCCUUUGGCCGAAAUACUUCCAAGAAUGUAAAUUCUGUAAUUGCCAUCUGCGUAGAUGGGACCUUCCACAAAUAUGUCUUCACUCCUGACGGAAACUGCAACAGAGAAGCCUUUGACGUGUACCUUGACAUCUGUGACGAUGAUGACUUUUAAGAGCCCUGGCAGCUGUAUGUACUAGGAACCUGCAGUAGCAGCCGAUGGCCAAACUGAGUCUGGAGGGCCUUGGACCCAGCCAGCAAGCAUUAAAUGAGGCCUCUCGCUCUCCCUUCAAGCACAGCUGUGUCUAAAUAGAAACUGCUCACCUCCUCCGAGCACU